UGCCGGCAGCCAAUUGACAUUUUACGCAGCCGUCAGAACAAAACAGCUGUUAUUAUCGAAUCUGUGUUUGGCAAUAAUCAUCAUGGCCGCUACAAAAACCUUGCGUGGAUUACUACAAGAGCUUCGCGCCGCAUCUCCAAAUGGCUGCAUCAAACAUUCACUCGCCUCCCGCUACAUAUUGGGUCAAUAUAAGAAAUUCCAAACUACCGACCAACAAUUGUGCAAAGCUCGAGAUGAGGCACUGUCUUUGGGACAGACCUAUCUCACCUAUUUGUCCAGCAUCCGUAAAUACAAUGAGCUAUAUAAGGAGUUUCAUGGGCGGGGUGAAAGGACAGUAAGAGAGACUGCUGAUAUGGUGGGCUUUAAGUUGCCAACAGAUCCCAAGUAAAAAGAAGGAUAUGUUCGUGCUUCCUUUAAAUUGUUUAUUUUCUGUAUAUCCUCUGUUGAUAGAUUGUUAAGUAGUUGCAAAUAAAGAUGCGGUUAAGGACAUUUCAGUACAGUUAUGUAGAAAGAAA